UCCUAACAAUGUUCACUGUCAUGAAGUGCUCCACAUUUCAACCUUCAUACUUUCCACAGACGUGCAGCAUUCAUGAGUGAAUGUGGAGUUGGAGCCCAUAGCGUCAAACAUGCUGUGAUCCUGAUUUACUCAGCAAGCUGGAUCCCAUUACUGCGGCCAAACAAGCACGAUGAGAAAAAGAGAGCCAUGGUGGUAUAUUGCAAUUCUCUACCAUAAUCAACCUGUCUUUUGUGGCUUGGAAAGAGACAGCUUUGUUGUCAUGCAUGGAAAUAACUUUCCAUUUACCAAAAAGUUGCAAUGAUCAAAGAGCACCGUUUUGGCUGUUUCUCUUAAAGUACAUUGGGAAAUCUAAACACUUCUAAUAUCUCACUUUAAUAGGCGAAAACACUCAAAUAAGCAUCUUGGAUAUAUAAGACAAUAUAUUAAAUAAUUAAUAAAUUACAUGAUAAUUGUGUUCUUAUAAGAUGUGUAUUAUAAACUAGUAAUUACUUUUUUCCAUAACAGUUUAGAAUGCAUCAUUGGAUUCCUGAAGUAUGUAAACACGAUAAAAUAUGAGACAUUCAUAUUUGCAUCAUGUCGGAUAGACACAUACAAGCAUCGCCUCAUAUUUUUCUACUUAAUGUGUACUAAAUAAAAACAUGUUACAUUAAAAGUAUGUCUUGCAUGCAGUGUGACAGGGUAUUUGGUAUUUCAGGCCAGAGGUGAUGAGCCCUCACGCAUUGACCAAUGAUCGUUCACCACACACACGUGUGACUAUGACGAGUAGCCAAUAAGAACACGAGCUGUAUGUGCUGCUAGCCAAUGGGAGAUGAGCUGUUUGGAGCCCUUGGACGUUUCCCCUUUACUGUGUUAAAUCAUUCCGGGACUGAACAACCGAUGCUGUGAAUUUUGGACAUUUUGACCGCUUUUGCUGUUUUAGCCGAGUUUUCACUAAAGACACUUAAAACGUCUAUACAAGCACGAUGAGGUCCCCGGUGCUGCUGUAGACCUGAGGCCGACCUACUCGCACUUCCGUAAGGGUCUCAGGUGCGCGGGAAUGCGGCGACCAUCUUCUUGUUCUUUGGAGUGACCGCAGCCGGAUUGAUAGAAGUCACCAUGAAGGAGAAAUCCAAAAAUGCUGCCCGGACUCGACGGGAAAAGGAGAAUAGUGAGUUUUAUGAACUGGCCAAACUGUUGCCGCUGCCCUCGGCCAUCACGUCCCAGUUGGAUAAAGCCUCCAUCAUCCGGCUGACGACAAGCUACCUGAAAAUGAGGAUAGUCUUUCCUGAUGGCCUCGGCGAGUCGUGGGGUCAUGUGAGCCGCAGCUCUCUGGACGGGGUCAGCCAGGAAUUAGGAUCCCAUCUACUCCAGACAUUGGAUGGCUUCAUUUUUGUGGUGGCUCCAGAUGGGAAAAUAAUGUACAUAUCAGAAACAGCCUCGGUUCACUUAGGUCUGUCUCAGGUUGGUUUAGCAAAGGUAGAGUUGACAGGAAACAGCAUUUAUGAAUACAUCCAUCCAGCAGACCAUGAUGAAAUGACUGCAGUCCUCACCGCACACCAGCCUUACCAUUCACAUUUUGUCCAAGAAUAUGAGAUGGAGCGCUCAUUCUUUCUGAGAAUGAAAUGCGUUCUUGCUAAAAGGAAUGCUGGUCUUACGUGUGGAGGCUACAAGGUAAUUCAUUGCAGUGGCUACUUGAAAAUCCGCCAAUACAGCCUGGACAUGUCUCCAUUUGAUGGCUGCUAUCAGAAUGUUGGGCUGGUGGCCGUCGGUCACUCAUUACCACCCAGUGCAGUGACGGAAAUCAAACUGCAUAGCAACAUGUUCAUGUUUAGAGCCAGCCUGGAUAUGAAGCUCAUCUUCCUCGACUCACGGGUUGCAGAGCUUACAGGCUAUGAGCCACAAGAUCUAAUAGAGAAGACCCUCUAUCAUCAUGUCCACAGCUGUGACUCCUUCCAUCUGCGCUGCGCACAUCAUUUACUGCUUGUAAAAGGCCAAGUCACCACAAAGUACUACCGUUUCCUGGCCAAGCAUGGCGGCUGGGUGUGGGUGCAAAGUUAUGCUACAAUCGUACACAACAGUCGUUCGUCCCGACCUCACUGUAUUGUCAGUGUCAACUACGUUCUCACGGAGACAGAAUAUAAAGGCCUCCAACUGUCUCUGGAUCAGAUCACACCCAAGGCUUCUUUCCCCGACAGCAGCAGUAGAGGAGGCAGCCUAGCUGAGACAGGCAGAACCCCUAAGAACAAAAUAUCCCGACCCAAAACCAAAGCUAGACUCUCCCCUUACAUACAGUACCCCAGUUUUCAGACCGAACGGUCUGAUUCAGACCAGGACAGUGCCUGGAGGGGCAGCCCCCUCACGGACACAGGUUCCCCACAGCUGCUGGAGACCAACGAAGGCCUGGACGCCUCCUGUGUGUACAGGCAGUUCACCGAUCCUCGUCCGCUGAGCUACAGUCGUUCAGAAGAGCGGCAUCACAGCACGGAUGACCACACGCACGUCCAUACGCAUGCUCAAGGUCAAAGUUGUGAGCAGGGACGAUGCGAGGCCGGGCGCUAUUUCCUCGGAGCCCCUCCUCCCGGCAGAGACACAUGGUGGAGCACUGCACGGUCCAUUCUGCCCCUGAGCAAGGGAUCCUUGGAGAACCACGAGACGCUUGACGGCAACACAUCCCACAUCGCAGCAGUCCAUUGUUUCCAUGGACGGAAUCACUGGGACGAGGACAGUGUCGUAAGUUCUCCAGACGGAGGUUCCACCAGCGACUCGGGUGAUCGCCAGCGAAGUGAGCAGUACUGCACCAGUCCGCAGGAACCCAGCAAAAUCGAGACACUUAUUCGAGCUACACAGCAUAUGAUUAAGGAGGAGGAAAGUCGACUUCAGCUACAUAAGGCUAACCCAAAUACUCCACUGGGGCAAACCACUGGUCUCUGCUUGACGUCCGAGUAUACUCAACGGCCAAGACAGGCUGUGCUAUGUAAAGGUUUGAGUCACAUGAUCAGUCCGCUGCCCAGCCCCACUAUCAUGUCCAGGCUGAGCAGUCCGGGGUCCGAAAGCCUCAACAAGUCAAAAGACUACCUCCAAACAGACCUGUCCCCGCAUUCUUCCCAAUUCCACCACCCUUUUGGUCGACCGGGCUCGUGUUCGGCUUCUCCCACCCCGGCCCCGGCGUUGUACCCCUCACACGCACACUUCAGGCCAUACUUGGAAAAGCAUACGCCGUACCCGUUGGCAGGCUACGCUCUUGAACACAUUUAUGACCCAGAGAGCCUCCGGGGCUACUGCUCCUCUGCCAGCACCGAUGCGACCCCUCACCUCCACAUACCGGCAGAGCAGACCCCCGGACACAAAGGCACCUCUGUCAUUAUCACCAAUGGCAGCUAACACUCGUUUUACACACGCACCAGGACUGGUGGCACUAAGACCCCCCCCCCCUCGUGGCUGCCUGGUUAGCCCCCAUAAAAAAUCACUGUUGUGACUCCUCUGAGCUUAUUUUUACAUCAUACUGACCUCUAGAAUGAACUUCCUAAAUGACCGAGUUACAGUUAGAGCACCGCCAUCACCUACUAUGGCGACCCAAAUAGCUAACAUUUUCAGCUCGCUUUUCCCAAAUAUCUUAUAUUUAAUGAAAAGUGAAAAAAAAUUGAGGUGGUGAAGGUAAAGGUUUUCUAACGUUUGGUUUGUACUUGCUAGACAGAUAACAGGUUCUCACUAAAGACUCAUUUCAGAGCCUUUACUGUGAAAAUGAACAUACAAAAAUAAAGCAUGUCACUUAUAACUUACAUACAUAGCAUACAUAGGACAUUAUUUCUCAAUGAGCUUCAACAUAAAAUGCAUUUAAACAAAUGCACUAGCUCGAUGCUAACUUAUAGUGCAAAUCCCACAUACACAUAAGCAAUUAGCAUUAGCGAUAUGCCGAUUUCACCGUGGACUCGGACUUUGAGGUGAUGAUUCACACUCGGUGUAUGACAAUGAAAUCGAUAACUAACAUACACAUUCCACGUAAGCAGCUGAUGUAUGAUAAUUAUAUAAUACUUACAUCCAAACGUUCUAAAUUGUUAUUAUUUUACGGUUUAGUUUACAGUGGAACCCACUUAAGUUGGUAUUGGUCUAUGUCGACCAAUUCAUGAAAUGCCUGCCCACUGUGUUCUUCUUAUCAUUAAAAAGCUUCUGCUUUAACACGGGAUUAUGAGCGUCACCUCUCCUCGGGGGCUACCUUGUUAGCUUCCUUUGUUGGGAGCAAACAAUGGUAGUUAAAGAGAGACGGUGAGUGAUAUUGAACUGGAACUCAUGGAGGUGUUACAACAGAAAUAGUUACAGACACCGGAAAAAAAUGGCUCCACAGUGUUUGAGUGGUUAGUGCAGAGGCCACACAGCUAGGAGACCCGAGUUCGAUUCCUUUGUGGUGUUUUUAGCAUCUGGUUGACUUUGAAUCAUCCACGUUGAAGCACAUAAUCGUAGCCACAACUCUCUAGUUGACAUUUCUUGUUAGUUCAGGUACUUUUGAAUUGAAUCUUAGGAUUCAAAAUGUGUAAUACAUUUUCUCCCCAUUUUACAGGAAGUAAAAUAGUCAGAGAAAUGUGAACUUUGACCAUUAACAUUAAAGAAAAAACACUUUUUUUUUUUUUUUACAAUUUUGACCAUCAUCCUCAAUCCUUAUGUGAGACAUAAACACAUAUGUCAUUCUCAUUUUUGUGUGUUCUAAAGAUAUAAAAACAGCUAAAAAGAUGGUAAACAUUUAUUCCGCCUGUCAAGUUCCGCCUUCUAAAAAAAAAAAUCCAAAAAAGCGCCAACAACUCAUUUACAUAUAAUAUGACGUGCAUAUUAACCAAGCUACACAAACAUAGUUACUAUUAUUAAAAUUGUUAUGUUAAUCGAACUGCGUUACUGGCGUACUGACACCUUCCCCACAGUAUAUUGGCUCAAAAUAUAUAUGUAAUAAUAUAUUAUGAUAAUAUAAAAAUAAUAUGUUAUCAUGAAUGUACUACAGCAUGUUUUUGGAGGUGUUUUCAUAGCACUCUUUGUCGGCGCCGUACGUAGGUGUGUCCCAUUACAUGCUCAGAUGAGCUGUCUCUUUUUAUCUGUUUUUAUAUCUUUAGAACCCACAAAAAAGACAUGCGAAGACACGUGUUCAAAUCCCACAUAAGAAUUGAGAAUGAUGCAAAAUUGAAGGGCAGUUUUCCUUUCUACGAGUCAGCCCAUUAUGAUGAAUCUAAACUGUGUACAAGCUUCAGUAUGAUGAAAAAGGCGAUUGUGGAAUUGUACCAUCACACUUGGUUUAUACUGGACUGUGUAAAACACAAUAACUCUGCAGUCAUGCAUAUAAGUACUAAUAUGCAAAUAUUUAGGUUUCUUUUCUUGCUGUUUUUAUUUCUUAUCAUGAAUUAGGUAUUAAGGCACAUCUAAUACACUCAUGCCUCUGGUAUUUGAUUGACAAGUGAUAACCAUGAAAGUGCAACAAAACAUAAUGAUUGACAGGCCAAUAAAACCUGGUUAGAAGACAAUGUUUCCAUGUUAGCCGUUCAAAUCAUUUGCAGUUUGCUGUUAUCAUAAUACCAAGGAAGACAUCAUUAUAUUAACUAUAAUAGAUCCCUGAAGCAACCAUAAUUAGUCUUAUGUGGUCAUGUUUGUACCACUGGAUUCAAAAUGUAUCUUUUUUUUUGUCCUUUACCAUCCUAUAUUUAUACAAGUGUGGAUUUUUUUUGGGGGGUGGGGAUUUAUUUUAUCAAUGAUCUAAAUGAUGCGCUCAAAUGUAUUUAUGCUCUCCUGUAAUUUGGCUCAUUGAAUAAAAAACGGCCAUGUUUUUUGGACAUGAGCAAAACUGUAUUUAUUAAGGCAAUGUUUCUUUAUGAUUUGAAACCUUGCUGCAA